GCUCCGGUUAAAUCGUUCUCCUCGUUAUCAUUCCAUCAGAGGCCCUUCAGCACCGGCGCUCCGUCCACCGGUCCCUUCCUCCCUGUGGUCCCCUGGAGUUUAACAACAUCUUUUCAGAACAAGAAAACCAAAAUGGCCAGCAGCUUCUCGAGAAUCCUGUCCUCCAAACGAAACGUCGGCAUCCUGUCGUUGGCUGUGGGAGGCUCCGUAACGGCGGCAUUUCUGCUCCACCGGGAACAUGUCAGCGCCGGAGUCCCGGUCCGCAGGAGGUACCCCGCCAGUGCGGAGUACCCUGACCUGCGCAAACACAACAACUGCAUGGCAAGUAACCUGACACCUGCCAUCUAUGCCAAGCUGUGUGAUAAGGCCACUCCCAACGGUUACACGCUGGACCAGGCCAUCCAGACGGGCGUGGACAAUCCCGGGCACCCCUUCAUCAAGACUGUUGGCAUGGUGGCAGGAGACGAGGAGUCUUACGAGGUAUUUGCAGACCUGCUGGACCCUAUCAUCAGAGAGAGACACAACGGCUAUGAUCCCAACACCAUGAAGCACCCCACCGACCUGGAUUCCAGCAAGCUCCAGUCGGGCCACUUUGACGACCGUUACGUGCUGUCAUCCCGAGUGAGAACGGGUCGCAGUAUCCGAGGGCUGAGCCUGCCUCCCGCCUGCUCCCGAGCAGAGCGCAGGGAGGUGGAGAGGGUGGUAGUGGACGCCCUCGCUGGCCUGAAGGGUGACCUUACCGGGAGGUACUUCAGUCUCACCCAGAUGACAGAAGCGGAGCAGCAACAACUCAUUGAUGACCAUUUCCUGUUUGACAAGCCUGUGUCACCCUUGCUGACGUGCGCAGGCAUGGCUCGUGACUGGCCAGAUGCCCGUGGUAUCUGGCACAACAAUGAGAAGACAUUCCUGAUUUGGGUCAAUGAGGAAGAUCACACCAGGGUCAUCUCCAUGGAGAAGGGAGGGAACAUGAAGAGAGUCUUUGAAAGAUUCUGCAGAGGCCUCAAGGAGGUGGAGCGUUUGAUCCAGGAGAGAGGCUGGGAGUUCAUGUGGAACGAGAGACUCGGUUACGUCCUGACCUGCCCCUCCAACCUGGGCACAGGGCUCAGGGCUGGGGUCCACGUCAAACUGCCCCUGUUGAGCAAGGAUCCCCGCUUCAGUAAGAUCCUGAACAACCUGCGUUUGCAGAAGCGAGGGACGGGUGGUGUGGACACCGCUGCUGUGGGCGGUGUGUUCGACAUCUCCAAUCUGGACCGACUGGGACAGUCUGAGGUCCAGCUGGUGCAGACAGUGGUGGAUGGCGUCAACUACCUAAUUGAGUGUGAGAAGAGACUGGAGAAAGGCCAGGACAUCAAGGUGCCCCCACCCAUGAAGUCGUUCAAGUAGACACUAAUGCCUGACCGCACUCCACAAACUUCUGGGCACACACACAUGCACCAACACACUCUCUUUACCCAUAGAUAUUAUACAUAUCUAUGUCAUUGCUUCAUUUAGUACUGCUACCUAUCUAAUCGCCUGUCUCUGCCCUCCACCUCUCUAUAAUAAACUAAAUAUACUAUACACAGCUAUCUGGCUAAACCAACCCAGAGUCCCAGAAUACUGCAUUGGCCACACUGUUUUUAUCUUUAAACUCAAAUUCAAACCUAGCUCUAAUAUUGCAGCAAAGAUUAAUGAAGGAUGCACAAACUGUAGGCUGUUGUAAUAGCACAAGGAUGGCCGGCAGUUUGCCCAUCUCUGCAUGGCCAACCAGUAUCUAUGGCUCUGCUCCCAAAGCACUCCUCAGCCCACCAGACCUGGCUUUACCCUGCCUCUGUCCCUUCCUGAAGCAUGUCCUAUACUCAGCCUGUCUCUUCCCCCUUCAUUCCUGUGUGUUGUUUGGUCAUUCUUACUAUAUGGUGCUUGUAUAGUAGUCCAUCCAUGUGUGCUAUACUUUCCAUCGUGGCUUGUGUGUAUGUGGUUUAUUUCACCAUUUUGAGUGGAUUUGAAUGUAGAUUAACAGCACUAGAGACUCAUGUUCUCCAAAGGACUUGUAUGUUUGAUGACACACUGAUGUCAAAAUGUAACGUUAUAACACACACUGGCCAGGCUGGGUUCUGUACUGUAAGCCACUGAAGCAAUAUCAUCCCAGCUCAUCACUGAAUGUCACACUAUACUGUCUUUUAUUAAAGAAAUCAUCUAUUUAACAGUA